AGUUAGUAGGCGGGGCCAGAAUCAAGAUGGCGUCAAAAGAAGACCUCGAACUCGUGCUCGAAAAAUAUCCUCCAAAAAAGGAAACCGAUAUUUCUGGAUCAGAGGACGAACUAGAUUCUAAGAAAGAAAUUGUAACAACUAAAGUAGAAGAUUUGACCUCAAUAACUUGUGCUGUGUGCCAGUCCACAUUUUCUGAUCCUCGACUAUUGUCCUGUCUCCACAGUUUUUGUAAGCAAUGUCUGUCAAAACUCCUUGUUCGUGGACUUAAGUUUAAUACUAUAAAAUGUCCAUUGUGCCGUAACGAGCAUUUUCUUUUACUUUCUGAAGGAGUAGAUGAUUUGAUGCCUAAUACACAAUUGGCUUCUAAAUUGGAAAGUCUUCUACAGCCAGCUCCUCAGCCAUUAUGUGGAGAAUGUGAAGAAGCAAAUGUGGUCAGCUUCUGCGAGAACUGUCACAAUUAUCUCUGUGAGCUUUGUCACCAAGCACACAAAAGAAUGGCCUCCUUUAAGAGUCACUUGUUAGUACUUCCUGAUGAAGCCAAAUCGAAACCAAAAGUAAAAGCAUUUCAGUGCCCAAAGCAUCCUUCAGAGCCUCUUACAGUUUACUGUAUUAACUGUAAGAGUGUCAUUUGUCGUGAUUGUGGUUUGUAUGAUCACAAUGGACACAAGUUUAAACCAGCCUUGGAGGUUUCAGAUCAAAUUAAAAGAUCUCUAAUAUCAAAUUUGGAGCAGCUCGAGGCUAAGCUUGAAACAUUUCAUUCCCAUUCUGAAGAAGUUACUAAAGUUGAAAAACACGUUACAGUUUAUCCUGACGAAAUGAAGUCUUUCAUUACAUAUCGGUUUGAAGAGUUACAUAAGCUCUUGGAGAAGCGAAAAGAGGCACUCCUACAACAAGUUGAUACACAAUACAAUGAUUUUUCUAAAAUGCUUUGGGUGGAGAAGGAUAUCGUUGAAACAGGUAUUUGCAAGUUAGAGGCUGGAAUUAAAUUUGCCCAACAACUUGCUGAGAGUGAUGACAAGCUGGAAGUGGCUGUGUUGGGCUCUAAAGCUCUUACAUCAAUGGAGCGAGUAAACAAAAGCUUAUCUUGGGAUCCAAAGUCCAUAAAAGAUCUUGGCCCAUUAGCAUUUGCUGCACAAGAAAAUGACUUUGACGAAAAUUAUAUAGAAAACAUUGGAAUAAUGAAGAUUUUUGGAAUCACCAUGAGCGAUGGGAGAUAUCUGGGACGGUCAUCUAGGUAUUUCCGGAAGAAUUACACAUAUUGCAUUGAAGUUAAAGCUAAAGUCGAUCAAAAAUACGCUGUCCUGUUUCCUCAAAUGAGUAUGCUGUCAUUAGACUGUAGUUGCAUAAGAGAAGGCACUGUCAUGGUUCCAUGCACUACGGAGUGUAAGCAAGAUAAAUGGGAGGUUACGUUUCAGACUAAACAUCCUGGGAGAUACACUAUGGAAGUCAUUUUGAAAAUAAAAGCUGACAAGUACUGCAAAGAAGUUAAAACAUUUGAAAUUAAUCAUGAACCUCGCAACUAUUCUUAUGAUCAUUACUUUUAGUAUUUAAAAAAGAUAUCACCAGAACGAGAUGAUGUUGAACUUGAUUCAUUAAAUAUAC